AUGUCUACCACCCUGGACGAUACAGAAAAUGUGUUUGAUCUAAACGAGGCGAUCCCAGAGACUGAGCUGCUGGACAACAGCAUCCAGAAAGGUCGCGCUCAGCUGUCCGUCAAGGCCCGGAGGCAACGCCCGUCCAGAUCUCGAUACCGUGACAGUGUGAGCUCCACAGAGGGUGAAGACAGCCUGGAGAGGAAGGAAAGUCCGGUUCACUCGGCUCGCUCACCGCUUCAUUUGGCGAAGCGAGGCUCCUCCCCCUCCCCCGAGUCACUGUUGUCAGUCCGAAGCCCCGCCUUCUCCUUUGACACGUCGUUGGUGCGUCGCUCUCCAGAAGAUGGGGGCGCGUCAUUGGCCGCGCCCCCACGGGGACGGUAUCAUCAGCUGACCAACGCCACGUCUCAGGAGCCGCUGGUGAUGCCGAGCAGCUCGCCAUCCAGAUCCUGCCCCUCGUCCGAAUGCUCGCCGGUUUACCUGAGGAGGAGCAGGAGGCCUGAAAGCGAAGUUCUGGUUUCUGAUACAAGUCGGGACACAAGUCCAGUUGAUCACGGUAGUUCAACCGUCGUCUUCGAUAAAAAGACCAAGAGACGCUUCUUGGACCUGGGGGUGACGCUGAGACGCUCCUACAUCCGGGUGAGGAAGGAUAAAUCCAACCGUCUCUCAGUGGGCAGCCGAGAGCCGUCUGAGAGUCCGUCCCGUUCCUCUGGGUCCUUCGUCUCCUUCUCCUGGUUCACUGAAGGACGUGGGUCACUCUCGUCCUCCGGGACUCCCCCUUGCUCCCCCAAAAUCCCCCCGCUGGGCUCCCAUGGACCCCGCAAGUCCCACUCCCAGGAAUCAGCCCUCAGUGAGGAGUAUUCUCCCCCUCAUACUUCCUCCUCCACCUCCCCUCCUGUGGAGUCGUCCUCCUCCAGGUCCUCACACCCAUACCACACCCUGUCACAGUCCUCAGACGAGCCCUGUGAGGAGCCCCCCUCCCUCAUGUCUUCGUGGACAACUCAGCAGGUUUGUCAGUGGCUGCAGGGACUCAACAUGGAGAAAUAUGUCCCAGAAUUCAGCGCAAGAGACAUUGACGGACAGGAGCUCCUACAGCUGGACGGCAACAAACUGAAAGGUCUGGGCGUGCUCAGUUCGUCGGAUCGCAGCGCGCUGAAACGCCGCAUCAAGGACGUCCAGAGUGCAGCUGAGAAGGAGAAGAAGGCCCUGAACAAACUGGAGAAACAGAAAGAAAAACAGAGACGGAAAGAACAGGAGCAGCGCAGGACCUGA